CGCUGUGACGUGACUGAAGUGUGAGCUGACGGCAGUGGAGUUUGAUGCGGAAGUCAAACGGCUGGGUCGGUGGCCGGUAGGCAGUGCAGUUACUCGCACGUUAGCGGGACCACGGCAGGGAGUCGGGCUUACGCUGCCGUCAAAUAGGACAGGAAGCCAUUGGGAGUUGGGCCCACCUGGACACUCUCACCUGUGCGGGACACCUGCAGACCAUGAGCAGCACAUACAGCGUGACCCUGGGGGGGCCUGGGCCCUGGGGCUUCAGACUGCAGGGGGGGAAGGAUUUCUGCAUGCCCCUCACUGUCUCCAGAUUGACAGAUGGAGGAAAGGCCUCAAAGGCACACAUCUCUGUCGGAGACGUGCUCCUGUCGAUCGACGGCAUCCAGACCAACGGAAUGAACCACCUGGAGGCUCAAAAUAAAAUCAAGGCCUGCACCAGCAAUCUCAAACUCACACUUCAGAAAGCUUCUGCGGUUCCCAAUGCUGCAGCUGCACCAAAGGACCAGCCCGUGGAGGUGAUUAAGCCCCUCCCCAUCGCACAGCAUGCCCCGCCCACCGCGCACGCCAGCCCGGCGCCCGGCUCCACCCUCAACAAGACGGCCCGGCCCUUUGGUGGAGGCGGCGGCAGUGUGGGCGUGGUCACCGCCUCCGUGUCUGCGCCCAAAGUGGCCUCCAUCCCGUCUGCGUCCUCCGCGUUCACCCGUGCGAACCCCACCUCUGUCCCCACCCCUGCCAAAGCCCCGCCCCCUUUCACCUGCUCACCGGCCACACACCCUAUAACCCGCUCGCCGGCCACGCCCCCUAUCACCCGCUCGCCGGCCCCGCCCACCUCCACCGCCAAGCAGAGCCCGGGACGCUCCCCCUUCCCUCCGUCCUCCUCCCCCGCCAGAGGGGCGGGGCCUCCGCCCGCUCCCGUCCCGUCGCAGCCCGCCGUGUAUAACUCCCCCAUCAACCUUUACUCCGCCCAGAACGCCUCCCAGCUCGCCACCGGGCAGAGGCGGGGCCUGCAGGAGGGCCUCGGCAGGACUGAGCAGCACAACGGAGCAAACCCCGCCCCUAUCUCCUCCCCUUUCACAGUACAAACCCAAUCCCAGCCUCUCCCCUUCACAGAGGCUGAAAGGUCGCCACGGAAACCCGUUGCUGAUGCGGAUGCGGAGCUCCAUUCUCCCUGCCAUGGCGAUGCCAGCAGGAAGCGGCUGGUGGAGGACACGGAGGACUGGCACCCCCGCUCCGGCACCACCCAAUCCCGCUCCUUCCGCAUCCUGGCACAGAUCACUGGCACCGAGCAGCAGGAUGGCCAGCAGGGGGAAGCAGGGAAGAAUGAGGUGGAGGUGCAGCCCAGCGCUCAUGUCGUAUCUGCAGUGAAGACCAUGACCAAAGCCCCUGCUGGCGGAGUGCGGCAUGGCAGCCCCAUCCCCUUCAAGACCCCCCCCGCCCAGGGCAAGCCCGCCGCCUGGAAGCCCGGCCCUUCAGCAGGUUCCGGGGUGCCCAAGGCCGCCCCCUCUUUCGGACGGGUGGGCAGCAACGCCCCCUCAGCCCGGCCCGCCCCUCAGCUGCCCCCCGGUGGCCAGGGCUCGCUGGUGCAGCGGGCGGAGCACAUACCUGCCGGGACUCGCACCCCCCUGUGCGCCUCCUGCAACAAGCUCAUCAGGGGUCCCUUCCUGGUGGCGUUGGGGAAGUCGUGGCACCCCGAGGAGUUUGACUGCGGGCACUGCCACACGUCGCUGGUGGAGCUGGGGUUCAUGGAGGAGGGGGGGUGCAUCUACUGCGAGCGCUGCUACGAGGAGUUCUUCGCCCCGGCGUGCGCGCGCUGCCAAAAGAAGAUCAUGGGGGAAGUGAUUAACGCCCUGAAGCAGACCUGGCAUGUGAACUGCUUCCUGUGCGCCUCCUGCAAGCAGCCCAUCCGCGACAACACCUUCCACCUGGAGGAUGGCCAGCCCUACUGUGAGAAAGAUUAUUACAGCCUGUUUGCCACAAACUGCCACGGCUGUGACUUUGCCAUUGAACCGGGAGACAAGUUCCUGGAGGCGCUGGGGUGGAGCUGGCACGACACCUGCUUCGUGUGUGCGGUGUGUAACACUGAUCUGGGAGGCCAGGCUUUCUACUCCAAGAAGGACAAGCCCCUGUGCAAGAAACACGCCCACAGCGUCAACAUCUGACCAAUCAGAGACCAGAGAAAGAAGACGACGACCUGUCAGCUGUCAUCAGACGUUAACAGUCUUUAAAUGUCCAAAUGCUGAAAUGAGAUCUUCCAGAGUAUAUUAUGCAGAUAUAUGGGGUUAUGGGUAUGGUAUUUAGCCUUAUCUUUCUUGCUGUUUGACCACUGUUUCUUCACUGUUGUGGUUAAUUGUUUUCAGCUAGGAAACGAUGCAGUUUUAUCCUGGUUGGCUUGCACUUUGCAGAAGAUUGCUUUGUUUGGGUGCCUUGUGAAAAAUCCCACAUGCUUUUAUAUGUCUCGAUUUAUUUAUCCACCAGAGCACGUAAUGUAUGACUAUAUAAGUGGAUGUUUUAUAGAAACCACACCCUCCUGAGGUGGAGCGUAUUUAGCGAAACCUCUGUAGUUUCGGCAGGCCUCGAUCAUCUGGUAUGAUGAUUGUGUGUUUUUUUUUGUUAAAUCUGUGUUCUUCAUCGAGAGAUUUAUUUAUUGCCGUAGUUACACGGAAAGUGAGUGGAGGUGGAGCGGUGUGGUUCAUUUAGACACAAACCUGCUGCUUCAAUCCCCCUUUAAACUUCAUACUCUGUCUUA